GCCCCCCGGCCCCGGCCCUCAUGGAGGAACCCGGUGCCCACCUAUGUCCAGCCUGGUAGGUGGCGGGCUGCCCGCACCGCAUCCCCAGCGCUGUCCGGCCGCGUGGGGGGGGCUCCGUCCUGCGCAGCAGCCCCAGCGCUGCUCCUGCGCCGGGAUGCCAGGCUGGAGGAAGAACCUCGCCUUGUGCCUGCAGCGGAUGCAGGAUGAAGAUGAUGGCCCUUAUUCAAAGGGAAGUAAAGAUUCAGGUGGCGCAGACACAGCCCUGGUCUGCAGAAGGCAAAGCAUUCCAGAGGAGUUCCGAGGAGUCACUAUCGUAGAGCUAAUCAAGAAAGAGGGGAGCACUUUAGGGCUAACCAUCUCCGGAGGCACCGACAAAGAUGGGAAGCCAAGAGUUUCCAACCUGAGGCCUGGAGGACUAGCGGCCAGAAGUGACCAGUUAAAUGUGGGGGAUUACAUCACGUCUGUGAACGGGAUCCACCUGACAAAGCUGCGCCACGAUGAGAUCAUCAGCCUGCUGAAGAAUGUCGGGGAGCGGGUGGUCCUGGAGGUGGAGUACGAGCUGCCCCCCGCUGCCCCCGAAAACAGCUUAGGAAUUAUCCCAAAGACCAUCGAGGUCUCCUUGUAUAAGGAAGGCAAUAGCUUUGGCUUUGUACUCAGAGGGGGAGCCCAUGAAGACUGGCACAAAUCCAGACCACUCGUCCUCACCUAUGUGAGGCCAGGGGGCCCAGCUGACAGAGAGGGAUCCCUGAGAAUUGGGGACAGGCUGCUCAGUGUGGAUGGCAUUCCACUUCACAACCUGACCCAUGCGGAUGCCCUCAACAUCCUUCGGCAAUGUAGCCAGGAAGCCCUCUUCCAGAUUGAAUACGAUGUCUCCAUUAUGGAUACUGUAGCCAACGCCUCAGGUCCUUUAUUAGUGGAAAUAGCCAAGACGCCGGGCUCCACUCUGGGAAUCUCGCUCACCUCUGGCACCCACAGGAACAAACAGGUCAUUGUGAUUGACAAGAUCAAGCCGGCCAGCGUGGUAGACAGGUGUGGAGCCCUGCACAUCGGUGACCACAUCCUGUCCAUUGAUGGCACCAGCACCGAGCACUGCUCCGUGCUGGAGGCAAUGCAGCUGUUAGCCAGCACCACCGAGAAUGUCAAGCUGGAGAUCCUGCCGGCUCACCAAAGCAGGCUCCCCCUGAAGCCUCCUGAUGCAGUGAAGGUGCAGAAGAGUGACCAUCACCACUGUUGGGAUCCCUGUGUCAACUACUGCCCCAGCCACCAUCCCAGCCAUUGCAAGACACCCACCUGGAAUCAGCCCUCCAGCCAGGAUUACUGCAAACCUCUGUCUGCGGCCCCUUUCUCCUCACCAAUGCUGAACGCUCAUGGCUUCUCUUGCCCAAACUCGAGCACACUACCUCGGAGCACCCAACCCAUGAGCCCCCGGGCAACCAUGAUGAGAAGAAGACAGAGAAAAAAGGAGUACAAAAGUUCACUGUCCCUUGCCUCCAGCACUGUGGGGCCUGGUGGCCAAAUUGUGCACACAGAAACAACAGAAGUGGUCCUUCGGGGUGAUCCCCUGAAUGGCUUUGGACUCCAACUCCAAGGUGGAAUCUUCGCCACAGAAACCCUGUCCUCCCCACCUCUCAUCCGCUUCAUUGAGCCCGACAGCCCUGCUGAGAGAUGUGGCCUGCUGCAGGUUGGAGACAGAGUACUGUCCAUUAACAGCAUCGCCACGGAAGAUGGCACCAUGGAAGAGGCCAAUCAGCUCCUGCGGGAUGCAGCGCUCUCAAACAAAGUCUCCCUAGAGAUUGAAUUUGAUGUAGCAGAGUCAGUAAUCCCAAGUAGUGGUACCUUUCAUGUGAAGCUGCCCAAGAAGAGAGGAGUGGAGCUGGGAAUAACCAUAAGUUCUGCAAGCAGGAAGCCUGGAGAGCCUUUGAUUAUCUCUGACAUCAAGAAGGGGAGCGUGGCACACAGGACGGGCACACUGGAGCCAGGGGACAAGCUGCUUGCCAUUGACAACAUCAGACUGGACAACUGCUCCAUGGAGGAUGCUGUACAGAUUCUGAGGCAAUGUGAGGACCUGGUGAAACUGAAGAUUAGGAAAGAUGAAGACAACUCAGAUGAACAGGAAACUACAGGCGCUAUCAUUUACACAGUGGAGUUGAAGAGGUACGGGGGCCCACUGGGUAUAACUAUCUCAGGGACCGAGGAGCCUUUCGAUCCAAUUGUCAUCUCUGGAUUGACCAAGCGAGGACUGGCAGAGAGGACUGGAGCCAUCCAUGUUGGUGACCGGAUCUUAGCCAUCAAUAAUGUGAGCCUUAAGGGCAAGCCCCUCAGUGAAGCCAUUCAUCUCCUCCAAAUGGCAGGGGAAACAGUCACCCUAAAGAUCAAAAAGCAAAUGGAGCGAGGCUCCUACCCUAAGAAGUCAGGGAGCUUGAAUGAAACCAGUGACACAGAGGAAGAACUCAGUGAGGCACAGAAGCCCGGCAAACUGGCCGAGAUCUACGCCACCACGGUGCCCAGCAUAGACAGCGCCAUGGAGUCAUGGGAUGGCUCUGGGGCAGAGGGCGGCUACGGGAGCCAAGGCACGUACGUCCCUCCAGCUGCAGGAAUCAGCCUGCACCCCCAGGAGUGGCGGCCCAGUAGGGUGAAGAGCAGCCCCCCUCCUGGGGAGCCCAGAAAGACCAGCUACCCCUACCCGGACGGGAGCUUCCCUGAGGAUGAAUGGGACAAGCCCACUAGAUUCCCCGGCCGCCACAACGGCCCGGAGCCCGCUCAUGAGGAUAAUUUUUGGCGUGUUUUUGGAGAAGCUCUGGAGGACUUGGAAACAUGCGGCCAGUCUGAGCUUCUGAGGGAGAUUGAGGCUUCCAUCAUGACAGGGAAUGUGCACAGCUUGGGCCUUGAUGGCAGCCCUGUGACCUUGGAUCCAUCGUCAGGGUCAACUGGACGAAGUCCCUGGUGGAAAGGAACCUUCCAGCAGGGGACCCGGGAUCCGAGUGAGGGCCACGUGGUCUCCACCAAGACAGCUGAGGAAGGCUUGAAAAUGCAGGCAGUCAAGGAGGAGAUGCUGGAAAUCAUGUCACCAACUCCUCUUGAAUUAUAUAAGUUGACUCUUUGGAAGGACCCAGUGAGUGAAGAUUUUGGGUUCAGCGUCUCUGAUGGCCUGUUGGAGAAGGGUGUCUAUGUCAACAUGAUCCGCCCUGGUGGGCCUGCUGAUCACUGUGGCCUCAAACCGUUUGACCGAGUCCUUCAGGUAAAUCACAUCCGAACUCGAGAUUUUGACUGCUGCCUGACUGUGCCGCUCAUCUCCGAGGCUGGAGACAAGCUGGACCUAGUGAUAAGCCGGAACCCCCUGGCAGUUUCCAACAUCACUCAGCAGGAGGAGAACAGGGUGAUGCCCAGCCCCGCCUCUGUGGGCCUGGAGAUGAGGGACAGCACCCGGAUGCUCUGAGACCUGACACUGGACCUGAGAAUCUCCCCUGUGGCAGAGACACUGGAGAUCUCCAACAUGCCUGUGCCUCUGUGGCUAGAGAAGGCAGGGUCAAGGUUCUGAAUGAGGUCAGACCACCCAGAACGGCUCCUUCUGGCCCCUCAGCCUCACCUUGGGUCCCUGGGCCGCUGAGGUGAGGACCUAUGCCCUCCAUCCAUCUUUCCUGCCUGCAUCCAGGCCGCGUCAAGUUGAGGCUGUCCUUUUCCCCCUCUGCUCCCAUCUCAGAGGGUCUGCACACUCUCCAAAUGUGUAUUUGCACUCAUACACACACACGGUGCUAUAGCCCUUAGACAGCAUUUGUGUGAAGACCUUACCCAUCAUCUCUUGUCAUUUCCAAGGUAGCAUCACAUCGUCCUCCUUCCUCUCCCUCCCUCCACAUCAACAGCCACUUAGGCACAUUCAUCAAAUGUGGCCUGACAUGAACCCCUAUUCCCAUCCUUAUUCUCUAUUCCUGGGGCCUGUCUUUUUGGCAGGAAUGGCUGCUCUAUUUGCAGAGGUAUCGUGUCGGGGUCUUCAGGUCAUAUAGCCAUAGGUUAUUAAAGCUGAAAGGGACUUUCAAACAGAAUUUCAGAGCUGGGAAGCACCUUAGUUGGUAAAAUGUCAGAGCUGAUAGUGGCCUUAGUAUAAAGAAUGUCAGAGUUGGAAGGAACCUACAGCUCAUCCGAUCUAAUUCUUUUUAUUUUCUAGGGGAGGAAAUGAGUCCCAGAAAAGGGAAAUUAUUUGCCCAUCCUCACACAGCUAGUAAAUAAAUGUCAGAGCUUAGAUUCCAACUUUCAAGUCCAGAGAUCUCUCCACCAUACAGUAUUGUCAGAGUUCUGGUUACCUGCAGGUGCCAGUUUGUGCAUCUCUGUUCCUUUCUUUAAGCAGAGUUGAGCAGGGCACAGGAGGAGAAAAUGAAGAAAGCUGUCAGAUCUGGCUACAUCUAACUCUGGGAUUGUAUCCAUAGACAUGAGACAUAUUCCAACUGGCCUGAGAUGUUCAGUGUGGUGUCGUUUCAUUCCAUGUAAUAUCUCUAGGAUAAGAUAGAGAAAGAUACCUGACAGCCAAUGAGUAUGAAAAUUCUUGUCUCUCUCGAUGAGAGGAUUCAUCUAGGCCUAACACGAGAUGCCUGGACACUUGACAAAUCAGUUUGGUCUUAAACACACCAGAGUGAAGGGCAGGGGGUGAACAGAAGAGGAUAUUUGGGGUCUCUGGUGUCAGCUCUCAGCCCCAUUCAGCAACCACAGAUGAAAACUAUUCCACAGAAGGAUCAUUUGAUGGAACUUAGAAUGUGUAGCCUGUUAGAAGAGAAGGUUGGGGGUGAGGAUGAGGCAGAGAUGAUGGCCAAAGGGCUAGCAAAUGGAAGAGGCAAUAGAUUUCUGCUUGGCCAGAGUUAAUUUCAAUAAAAAAGAAAAAACCUUCCAAUAAUUAGAGGUGUCAAAAAGUGUAAUAGACUGCUUUAGGACUGGGGAUCUCCAUCAAUGAGAGCCUUCACUCAGAGGCUGGAUAAGAUAGGCAGAUUGUAAGGGGCCUUUCUAUAGAGGGAAAACUUGGGCUAGAUGACCACUGAGGACUCUUCCAACUCUGAGAUCCUGUUCAGGAGUGAAAGGAAAGGAGUAAAGGGAAGGGAUGGAGUUCUUGGAGUUGACAGUGACCUUCCAUCACCCCCAGAUUCUGGAGAAAAGGUUAGAGAUUGAGGAGCUUUGAGUCCAAGGUCCCUGACCUCAGCCCUGUUCCAAACAUUCUUCAGAGGCCAAACUAAGGCCCCCACAAAUUCCAAAAACAUGGUUUGGGUGCCCCUAGGUUUCCAAGAGACAUUGACAAACUGACACAGGAAAUUGUCCAGGGUGGAAGAGGGUGUAGAAACUACAGCAAAAGACCAAUUAAGGGAACUGAGGAAGAGAAAACUUGGGGGACGGGGAGGGAGUAAGGUAAGAAUGGGGCACAAUGGCUAUGCUCAAAAUAUCUGAAGUGCCAUUAUAUGAAAAAGGGAUUCAACCUACACUGUUUAGCUCCAAAAGAUAGACCCAGGACCAAUGUGUGAAAGUUACAGAGAGGCAAAAUUCCAUUCAAAGUAAAGAACUUCCUAAUAAUCUGAGCUAUUCAAGAAAGAAAGGUCCUUGACUCAACUCAGCAAAGAUUUUACUUGUUGCAUCUAAAAGUUUCCAGUAGUGGGAAUAUUCAACAGAGACUGGAUGACCAUUGAUCUGUCAGGGAUGUAGGAGAAGUUAAAAAAAAAACCAGUAGAAACCCCCUGGUGGGGAUUUUAACUAGGUGACUUCUGUGGUCUCUUCUAUUGGGCUUUCAGAGCCUAGGAGUGGUUCUGUGUUUCUGUAGUUUGAAUUCAAUGAAAAGCAUGAGGUUGGGGAUCUAAGUCCCCUAGGAUAGGUGACCUUUACUGAAAGAGAGUCACCUAUGGUGGCUCGUGGCAUGCCUCAGCCACUUUCCCCCCAUCAAAGUUCCAGUGCCACCUUUGGGAAGCCAUGUAAUAGGUGAGACCCAAGUGGUCUCCAAGUGUCUCUAAGGGGGACAGACUAAGAGUCUCCACUGUUAGAACCUAAGCCUAAGAUCCCUAUUUUGCCUACUAGAUACUAGGAAUACAAAGACAAAAAAAAUGCAAAGGUCCCCGUCCCCAAGGAGUUUACAAUCUACAAUAUACUUCUCCUGGAAGGUGGCAUUAUCCCCAAGCUCAGGUGCUAAGGUUAAUCAUGGUUAAUUCAGGGGAGCCUGACAACUUUUCUGGAAGGGCUUGAUCAGCUCAAGAUAAGGAUGGAGAAGCUUCUUUUAAAUUUGAGGGUCACUGGAGAAGUAGGGGUUGGAUUGGGCAGGGAGUCAGUCAAGUGCCAUAUAAGAAAAAAGAAAAUUUAUUGUUUUUUGAGAGAUAAAUGUUCUAUGUUCCAUGUUGUAAAUGAAGGUGAUUUUUUUCUUCACUUGGGCCAUAAACUCUAAUCAAUAAAUAUUUUAAAUUUACCUCAGUCCUACAUUAUGGCCAAUAAAGGAAGGAAAAGAAGGAGGAAGAAGAACUGAGAAAGAGAAAGAAGAUGGGGGGUGAGAAGACAAAAGGCAAAUGGGUAAUGAGAGACUGAUAUUUACAAUGGACCUGAGACCCCCAAAUCAAACUCAUUUACUAAUACUGGUAGGGUUUUUGAGGGGGGGCAAAUAUCUUCCCUAUUCCUCCAGAUUAGAGGUUCCCCAACUCUGCUAUAAAUGAACAAAUCUCCAGGAGAGAAAGACCUCCCGCCCUCCUUGUCCUAGCUCCUUGACUUUCUUAUUCAAGCUACUGCCCCACCUUUUCCUCCUGUCCUCUAUCCAUUUCUCCCUCCUACCCUCCUUCUCCUCUUUCUGCCCUAUCUUUCUCUCUUCCUCUUCCCUUCUGUCCCUCACAUCACCCCUCUUUUUCUCCUUCCCUAUCUUACUUUUCUCCUUCCCUCCUGCCCUUUUAUUGGUCCUUUUUUCUUCCCUCCCUCCCUUCUUUCUGCCCUCCCCUUUCUCUUCCUUCCUCAAGAAGUACUGAGUGCCUAAGAUGUGCCCAGCCUAGGGUGAGCCACUGUGAGAGGAACAAUAGAAGUCUUGGUCCUGCUUCCAAUCAUUUCAUCCCCAGUAGGCAAUGCCCAAGACAUCAAAUCUCCAUUUUUCUUCCCCUCUUCCUCUCAUUUCUCCCUCAUGCCUUCCCCAGCCCCUGGAUCCCAUUCUUUUUCCCUUUAUCUUUCUGGGUUGAUUCUUCAUACCUCUCUCUAUAUUUCUUUUCUCCAUUCCCACCAUCUUUGUCCCCUCCCAGGUUACACUCUCUGAAGACUGGACAUGAGGGGUGGGAAGGGGACUGAGCUGCUCUGUCUGACUUUGCUUGUCAUUUAUACCACUGGGUAGCCUCAGAAAGGCACUGCCAAAAAACAGACCUCACCAGCCAGGGCCAGAGGUGGGCCUGAUAGAACUGAGUCCUUUCCAGCAUCCCCACAACAGAUCCCCUCAGAUCUUUGCCAGACUUGGGGUCCUUACAAUCCAUUAUGGGUACUGGACCUCUCCCUUCUGUCCUUAACUGGC